GCAGUAAGGAACUCAGCAGGUCGUCACACAGCCCUUCUAGUCCAAAAUGGCGCUAUGUUUACGUCUCUGCAUAAUCGUGUAUUAUCUCUAGCAAGUCUCAUGGAGAACUUAGUGGAUUUUAUUGACUGGGAAAGAUAAUUUGACCGAACGUUUAGCUACAAGAGUGACCUACGACAAACCGGACAUUUGGUAAUGUUCAUUUAAGAUCUGUGGCUACAAGGUUGACCAGCAGCAGUACGGAGGAUGCAGGCGGAGGCCACGGACUCUGCCCUGAGGGAGGGCAUAGAGACCCUGGGUAUGAAGGACACAGAAAAACCUGCAGAAAAAGAAGACAACACAGAGAAACAGGGCACAGAGAUGACAGCUGUCCCAGUGGAGGUUUCAACGAUCAAGGAGGAAAAAGGUGAUACAGAUGCAAUGGAAGUAGAUCAACACUGUGAGGCGCCUCAGGCAGACACAGGGGUGGAGGCUGAAAAGAAAGCGCAGGCUGUUGGAGGGGAUAAUGAAUGGGAAGUUGCGUACAGUGAUGAGGAAAUUGAGGACCCCAAAAACUGGAUGCCCCCUACUACUGAGAUCAAAAGACUCUAUGAGCUUCUCUCUAAAGGGGAGAUGCUGGAACUGAACUUUGAGCCCCUUCCCAGGAGGCCGCCCACUCCUGAACGCACCCCCUCCCCAGAAAGAGAGGACGAGGACGAGUCAGUUAAGGAAAGAGAAAGGGAGGAGAGUCAACACAGGCCUAUAACUCCGACUGAGUUUGACUUUGAUGAAACGCAAGCCACACCAAAAAAUGCCUUCAUGAACAGACGCAGAACACCAGGAUCUUCAGCUCGCUCCUCUGUGAAAAGGGAAGCUCGGCUGGACAAAGUACUGUCAGACAUGAAGCGCCAUCGCAAAAUUGAGGAGCACAUCAUGCGUACGGGUCGAGAUCUGUUCAAGAGUGAAAAGAAGAAGGAGGAGGCUCUGUCUCCAAACAGCCAGAAGGAGCGCGAGAAGGAAAAGGAACGAGACAGCAACCCAAACACCAUCUUCUCCCCGAGACAGAGGAGAUACUAAAGUAUUCACGGAGGAGAUGAGGACUUGCCCACAGGCAAAUAAGGCGAAGAGCUUUUUAAGGCUUUUUCAAAACUUGAAUUUUUUUAUGUAACGAGUUUUGUAUGUUUUCUAUGUGUGUUUUGUAUGUUGGCAAUAAACAUUUGAACCCUG